AGGAGGAGGAGGAGGAGCGUUGUACAUGCGCGGGCGGCGGCGGCGGCCAUGUCGGUGCAGGAGGAUCCGGUCCAGCGAGAGAUCCACCAGGACUGGGCCAACCGCGAGUACAUCGAGGUGAUCACCAGCUCCAUCAAGAAGAUCGCCGACUUCCUCAACUCCUUCGACAUGUCGUGCCGAUCCCGCCUGGCCACGCUGAACGAGAAGCUGACGGCGCUGGAGCGGAGGAUCGAGUACAUCGAGGCCAGGGUCACCAAGGGCGAGACGCUGACAUAGAUUCCGCCGGAGCUCCGCCGCCGCCGCCGCCCGCCCCCCGCCCACCCCCGCCGGCGGGGCCGCGCAGUGCCGCUGGGGGUCCCCGCCCGUACAGCGCCCGGCAACGCACGUCUCCUUCUCCUCAUCCUCCUCCUGCUGCUGUCCGGGAGCCGAGUGGCCAGAAGCAAGAAGCCGCCCCCCGCACCAACCCCCCGUGUAUCGCAGUUCUUCAGUGGGCAUCCGGAGCCGCAGACUCACCGCUCGCGUUCAGCGUGUUGUUGGGAGGCCAUGGGGUUGGCGGCAGUAAAGGUCUUGUUGCUUCCCAGCA